AUGGCCAUCAACACGGACACAGACUUCCAGAAGUCCAGCCUGGGAGGAGGAGGAGGUGGCGCACAGUUGGCAGACUCUCUAGAGACGGAGAAGCUGCUGGCGGUGACAACCGAGCCCGGAGGCAACGGGGUAAAGAUGUCCACCUCCUUCACGGUCAACGUGGGCGGAGACAAGGGCCUGGACGCCGACCAGAACGGCCAUGGAGUCGGGGUGAGGUCGGGCUCCGUGGGGCAGCUGACCGCCGCCGCCCCGCUCUCCCCUUCCAAGGCCAGCCUGAGCCGCUCCUCCACCGGGAACGCCACCGUGCAGGAGACCCCGAAGCCCAAGGAUUACCUGUUCCUGGUCAUCUUCUCCUGCUUCUGCCCCGUGUGGCCCGUCAGCAUCGUGGCUCUGGUCUACUCCAUCAUGUCCAGAAACAGUCUCCAGUCAGGCGACAUGGACGGGGCCAAGAGGCUGGGUAAACUGGCUCGUCUGCUCAGCAUCGUCUCCAUCAUCCUGGGCGUGCUCAUCGUCAUAGUCUACGUCUCCGUGGCAGUGACCCAAUGA